CUGCUUUUCCCCGUUUGCGCCUGGAAGCUGCGCCGCAAGUUCCUGCAAGGCGGUCUGCCGCGGCCCGCCCCGGCCUUCUCCCCUCUCAGCGACCCCGCCUCGCGGCCGCGCGGGCCCAGAAGUAGCCCCAGCCGCCGGAGGAGCCAGCCCCAGCAAGCGCCGGGAGAGGCGGCAGCGCGGCCGGACGCACAGCGCAGCGGGCCGGCAGCAGUUUGGCCGGGCCCGGACUCGGAUUCGGCGGCCGGCGCGGCGCGGCCCGGCCCGAGCGAGGGUGGGGGGCGGCGGGCGGCGCGGGGCGGCGGCGGCGGCGGCGAGCCGGGGCCAUGCAGGCGCGCUACUCCGUGUCCAGCCCCAACUCCCUGGGAGUGGUGCCCUACCUCGGCGGCGAGCAGAGCUACUACCGCGCGGCGGCCGCGGCGGCCGGGGGCGGUUACACCGCCAUGCCGGCCCCCAUGAGCGUGUACUCGCACCCCGCGCACGCCGAGCAGUACCCGGGCGGCAUGGCCCGCGCCUACGGGCCCUACACCCCGCAGCCGCAGCCCAAGGACAUGGUGAAGCCGCCCUAUAGCUACAUCGCGCUCAUUACCAUGGCCAUCCAGAACGCCCCGGACAAGAAGAUCACCCUGAACGGCAUCUACCAGUUCAUCAUGGACCGCUUCCCUUUCUACCGGGACAACAAGCAGGGCUGGCAGAACAGCAUCCGCCACAACCUCUCGCUCAACGAGUGCUUCGUCAAGGUGCCGCGCGACGACAAGAAGCCGGGCAAGGGCAGCUACUGGACGCUGGACCCGGACUCCUACAACAUGUUCGAGAACGGCAGCUUCCUGCGGCGGCGGCGGCGCUUCAAGAAGAAGGACGCGGUGAAGGACAAGGAGGAGAAGGACCGGCUGCACCUCAAGGAGCCGCCCCCUCCCGGCCGCCAGCCCCAGCCCGCGCCGCCCGAACAGGCCGACGGCAACGCGCCCGGCCCGCAGCCGCCGCCUGUGCGCAUCCAGGACAUCAAAACCGAGAACGGUACGUGCCCCUCGCCGCCCCAGCCCCUGUCCCCGGCCGCCGCCCUGGGCAGCGGCAGCGCCGCCGCGGUGCCCAAGAUCGAGAGCCCCGACAGCAGCAGCAGCAGCCUGUCUAGCGGGAGCAGCCCCCCCGGCAGCCUGCCGUCGGCGCGGCCGCUCAGCCUGGACGGUGCGGAGUCCGCGCCGCCGCCGCCGCCCGCGCCCUCUGCGCCGCCGCCGCCGCACCACAGCCAGGGCUUCAGCGUGGACAACAUUAUGACGUCGCUGCGGGGGUCGCCGCAGGGCGCGGCCGCGGAGCUCGGCUCGGGCCUUCUGGCCUCGGCGGCCGCGUCUUCGCGCCCAGGGAUCGCACCCCCGCUGGCGCUCGGCGCCUACUCGCCCGGCCAGAGCUCCCUCUACAGCUCCCCCUGCAGCCAGAGCUCCAGUGCGGGCAGCUCGGGCGGCGGCGGCGCGGGGGGCACGGGGGGCGCGGGCGGCGCCGGGACCUACCACUGCAAUUUGCAGGCCAUGAGCCUCAGCUCGUCGUCCCUGAGUCACGGCGGCGGCGGCAGCGGAGGAGGAGGCCAGGAGGCCGGCCACCACCCUGCGGCCCACCAAGGCCGCCUCACUUCGUGGUACCUGAACCAGGCAGGUGGAGACCUGGGCCACUUGGCGAGUGCGGCGGCGGCGGCAGCCGCGGGCUACCCGGGCCAGCAGCAGAACUUCCACUCGGUGCGGGAGAUGUUCGAGUCGCAGAGGAUCGGCUUGAACAACUCUCCAGUGAACGGGAAUAGUAGCUGUCAGAUGGCCUUUCCUUCCAGCCAGUCUCUGUACCGCACGUCUGGAGCUUUCGUCUACGACUGUAGCAAGUUUUGACACCCCCUCAAAGCCGAACUGAAUCGAACCCUAAUGCAGGAAAAGCCAAAGGAACCCGUCAAGGCAAAAUCGAAACUAAAAAAAAAAAAAUCUGAUUAAGAAAAAACCCUGAGAAUAUUCACCACACCAGCAAACAGAAUAUCCCUCCAAAAACUCAGCUCACCAGCACCAGCACGAAGAAACCUGUUUUCUUAACAGAUUAAUUCAGAGCCACCUCCACUUUGCCUUAUCUAAAUAAACCGGUAAACUGUUUUGUACAAAGACAGCAAAAUCAUGGUUUUUUAAAGGACAGUGUUACUCCAGAUAACACGUAAGUUUCUUCUUGCUUUUCAGAGACCUGCUUUCCCGUCCUCCCCUCUCCCCUCUCUUGCCUUCGUCCUUGCCUCUCACCUGUAAGAUAUUAUUUUAUCCUAUGUUGAAGGGAGGGGGAAAGACCCCAUUUAUGAAAGUCGCUCUCUUUUUAUUCAUGGACUUGUUUUAAAAUGUAAAUUGCAACAUAGUAAUUUAUUUUUAAUUUGUAGUUGGAUGUCGUGGACCAAACGCCAGAAAGUUUCCAAAACCUGACGUUAAAUCGCCUGAAACUUUAAAUUGUGCUGUUUUCUCAUUAUAAAAAGGGAAACUGUAUUAAUCUUAUUCUAUCCUCUUUUCUUUCCUUUUGUGGAACAUAUUCAUUGUUUAUUAAUAAAUUACCAUUCAGUUUGAAUGAGACCUAUAUGUCUGGAUACUUUAAUAGAGCUUUAAUUAUUACAAAAAAAGAUUUCAGAGAUAAAACACCAGAAGUUACCUAUUCUCCACCUAAAUCUCUGAAAAAAAUGGAGAAGCCCUCUGAUUAGUUCAUGUCCAAUUUUACUGAAGUCUUUUUGUUUAGAUUUAUCUUCUUGCAGCAUCAUCUGCAAAAUGUACUAAUAGUCAGCUUGCUUUGAAGCUAGUAAAAAGAUAUUUUUCUAAACAGAUUGGAGUUGGCAUAUAAACAAAUAAGUUUUCUUACUAAUGACAGACCAUGAUUCGGAAAUUUUAAGCCCAUGAAUCAGCUGCAGCCUUACCACAGUGAUACCUGUGUGCUGAGUGAUGGGACGGUUCAGCCAGAUACGCACAGAUAAAUACUUGGCUUGUGUAUUCCAUAUAAAAUUGCAAUUCAUAUUAUACAUCCCUGUGAGCCAGAUGCUGAAUAGAUUUUUCCUACUAAUUUCAGUCUUUUACAAAAGGAAAAAUAAGACAGUUUUUAAGUGUAUGUAUAUAAUUCACCCCCAUUUACAGUCCUUCAUGUAUUACAUAGAAGGAUUGCCUUUUAAAAAAUAUAUUGCGGGUUGGAAAGGGAUAUUUAAUCUUUGGGAAACUUUUAGAAGAUAUGUUUGUAGAACAAUUAUUUUUUCAAAAGAUUUAAAGCAAUAGCAAGAAGGAAGGCGAGAGGAGCAGAACAUUUUGGUCUAGAAUGGUUUCUUUUUAAACCAAUUUUUCUUGUUAAUUUACAGUUAAACCUAGGGAACAAUCUGGGUUGGCCCUCCCCCUUUUGUAAAUAACCCAGGAAAUGUAAUAAAUUCAUUAUCUUUGGGUAAUCUGCCCUGCCAAUCAGACUUUGGGGAGAUGGCGAUUUGAUUACAGGCGUUCGGGGGCCUUGCAGUUUGUUUUGGAGAUAAUACAGUUUCCUGCUAUCUGCCGCUCCUAUCUAGAGGCAACACUUAAGCAGUAAUUGCUGUUGCUUGUUGUCAAAAUUUGAUCAUUGUUAAAGGAUUGCUGCAAAUAAAUACACUUUAAUUUCAGUCAAAAA